UUGUAGGCGAUGACACGGCGAUGUUGGCUAGCUAAUCUCAUGCGUUAGAAACACGUCGUCCGGUCUAAAGGUCGUCUCGCACCGAACUGCGCAUGUGCAAACCGUCAAUUCAAACGCACUCCUUCGAUAAAAUGUUGUUUUUGACGAAAAUGAAAAACKGUUUGUUCCCGUUUCAUAAGCGUUCCCGGAAGUCUCGCGAUGUUACCCCUCCGGGUUUUAGAAACUUUGUGGUUGGAGGGUCCAAGGCCGUUCUAUUCAUAAUAUUUCUAUGGUAGCAAUGUGUGGAAGUGGGUGGUGCCAGAACAUUGUUGAUUUUUGCAAAUUAAACUGUAGUUAAUGUAGCCAGUCAACACGAGUAAUUUUCCGUUGCAAUCAAAGAGCAAAAUAUAUAGCCGACAGUAUGGCCACACUGGGAAGUAAGUCUGACCAAGAAAUCAGGGAACUGUUGGACGAGUAUGGAAUUAAGCACGGACCUAUCGUUGACACUACAAGGCCCCUGUAUGAGAAGAAGCUAAAAGAGGCCAUGGCCAAAGACAAGAAAGUCACAAAACCAUCCUCAGACAAAACCUUCUACAGAGAAGAGCAGGAAGAAGUCACUUAUGUUACCUAUCGGACACCAGUUAUAAGUGAAAUGCCUUCAGGAGAUGGAAAACCCUACAUGAGGUCAAGACCAGAGUAUAGUGAGAGGGACUUUGUGGAUGACAAACUCUAUUCAAGAUCAAGACCAGAGUACAGCAGCGGAAGACAAUAUGUUGAUGAGCCCCAUGUCUACAACACACCAUCAUACUCCUCCUACUCCAAACCAACACCUGUGGUGAAGUCUGGAGGUGUCGUUGUGAAGGAGGAAAUAACAGAGAGCUCUGGGAAACUGGUCCCUCUCUGGAUYCAGUUACUGGUCUUCCUGAUCGUAGCCGGGUUCCUCUACUUCAUAUUUAUCAACAUGGAGUCCGUAGAGAGUAACCCCUUUAACAGAAUCCAAUAAUCACAUUUUUCCAAAAUCUGGGAUGUGUUCAUUAGGCAGAACAUUUUUAAGAAAACAGUCCAAAAUGGGGAAGUACUAUUWUYUUUUUUUUUUUACUUGUCCAAUAAUAAAAUCGCAAAUUUUCCUAUUGGACAACGUUUUUAAAACGUUUCGMUACGGUGUGAAUGAAUACGUCCCAGUGUUCAAAUUGACAGAUUAUGGCAAAUCCCAUGCCUGUCAUUCUUUGUGCUUGUGGUUUAUAUAAAAAAGAUGACUGACAUUGGAUUCUGCCAAAGGAAAGCCAGAACAUUUCCUCCCGUCCAGACUCGUAUUUAGCUACUAGAUGAUGUAUAGUAUUCUUUUAUCAUACAACUAUGUUACCAAAAUAUGGUGCUUCUACUAUGGGUAAUAGUGAUGACACUUUCUCACAGUACUGUCUUCAUCAUCUCCCAAAAAAUGUAGUGUCCACAGCUCAUAGUAAAUACAUUUAUAUAUAUAUAUAUAUAUAUAUAUAUAUAUAUAUAUAUUGUAUCAAAUCAGAAAUACAUUAUAUACACAAAAGUAUGUGGUCACCCCUUCAAAUUGUUGGAUUAGGCUAUUUGUUGUUGACGGGUAUAAAAUCGAGCACACCGCCAUGCAAUCUCCAUAGACAAACAGUAUAAUGGCCACUUUCAACGUCAGUUCCUCAAACUUUUGCCCUGCUAAAGCUGCCCUGGUUUACUAUAAGUGCUGUUAUUGUGAAGUGGAAAGGUCUAGGAGCAACAACGGCUC